UCUGCCAAAAUUUCCAAAACUCCAAGCCAAGGCACAAGUGCUAUGAGACAAAUUCAGGCAAUAGUGCCUUCAUCUAAACUUUCAUCAGAUGUUGUGUCAUUGUUAAAAUCUUCUUCACUGUCAUUGCCAAUAUUCAAGGAAUCUUCAAGCUUAGACGUUUCAGUGUCAAAUCAUUUGACUAGUGUCCAGAAGCGAAGUGCAGAGUUGUCAGUGUCAUUGACAUCAUCUUAUUCCCCUGACUUAUCAAAAAACUCUAACUCAGUGUCUGCGACUUUGCCCGUUGUAGUAACUGGACCAGCAUCAUCAACAGAUCCGAUACUCAAAUCCAGUAGUACACUGGAGCAACUUACUAGUGAUGGAACUGUCUUGAAUUCCCAAAACAAAGGGUCUGGUCAGUCAUCUGCCCCCAUUACCCCCACAAAACCUAUGGGUGCAGGACUGACUCCCACCUCCACCCCCAAAAUGGUGCAACCCCUGUCCCCUAUGACCCCACUGUCCCCAGUAACCCCAAGCAAGACUGUGAUACCGACUGGGUCCAAGGCUACUCCAAUGUACAUCCCUAACAAGAGCCUAAGGACAACAUCUAUGCUUCCACCACUGGGGCCAACUUCAAGUAUAGCACCUAGUGUGCCGCCCACAGCUGCUACAGCACUGAGUGAGAGUCUACCGUUUAUCCUGGGCGUGUCAUUAUGUGGGGUUGGAAUUGUGCUGUUCUUCAUCACCUUUGCCAUUUUCUGCUGCUUACGGAAGAAACCCUCCAAGAACAACAAGGAGGAGAUUCGAACCCAUGACCUAUGGGUGAGCACCACUGCAACAUCUGACAUGGGUGUAGCCUCAACAGCAGAUCCUCUCCCAGGGUUUGAAUCUAUCACUGAGACAAUACUCACGGACUACAGGAAAAGUCUGUCAAAUGGCCAGAAAGAAUGUAGCUCUGAUGAGGUCCAUUACAAAGCAUUACACUCCUAUGAUGUCACACAAGAGGGACAACUGGCCUUUAGGAAAGGAGACACAAUUACUGUCCUUGAAAAGACAAAUGACGGAUGGUGGAAAGGCACACUGGACGGCAGGGAGGGAUGGUUUCCAGGCAGCUUUGUCAAGGCUGUACAGCACAAGUCCAUAACUGAUGGGGAUGAUAAAAAAGAUGGAGUGGAUGAGCUUGAAUCAGAGAAUCAAAAGCCCAGGGUCAGUUCAUUUCUGCUGAGUAAGGACCAGCGACCAAGGUCAAUGCACCUUCCUCGGAGUCAUUCUGACCGUUACAGCCCCAUGAGGCAGCUCACCCCAAAAAGGGACUCCUGGGCUUUGGGUAAAGAAGUGUCAACCCCACGUGUUCCUCAGCUGGAGAAAAAGGAAGAUAAUGUUGUAGAUGGCAGCUCAGCCAAUCACAUCCGCGACCCCAUUCUAUAUGCUGCUGCAGGCAAAAGAUACCAAGCCCUUUAUCCAUACACUGCCAACUUCAAGUCAGAGAUCAGUCUACAGGAAGGGGAGAUAAUCAAGGGAAUCGAAAAGGACAAGAAUGGCUGGAUGAAGGGUCAGCGUGAAUGUACAGGAGAAACAGGAUGGUUCCCUGCUGUCUAUGUACAGGAAUUAAAUGAAGUGGCCAUUCCAAUGAGAGGAAUAGUUGAGGACACACAGGUAUACAGGCAGCUUUUGGUUAACGACAGCAAGGACCAGGAGGUCAUCUGUAUUGAACACAUAGCAGUGUGCCCAUUUGCAGCAGAGAAUGACCAGGAUCUCUCGUUUGAUAUUGGUGACACAGUUCUAGUAUUUGACACACUUGAGAAUGGAUGGUGGCUUGGUUGCAAUGGAGAUGAUGUGGGAUGGUUUCCAGGAGCUUAUGUGCAGAUUGUGACAGAUGGUCAGAGCUAUGUAGAUGAAUACGGCAACACAAAAGAUUCUUUGGGUAGAAUGAAUGUGACAUCUCCCUUGCCAGUGACUUCCAACAUGAGUACAUCACAAUUGUCUGUGAGAUCUGAUGACAAUGUAUCACUAGCCUCAGACGUAUCAGGUCGAGACAGAUCAGGUAGACAAACAAUGGAUAUUGGAAGCCCGGGGACUCUGUCUACUUUUUCUGCUGCUAAGUCUGACCGCAGUGCAUCCACUUUAUCUGUCCAGUCCCGGUCAGAUGAUGACAUGUCCAUGUCCUCUGGCACAAUGGACUCUAAAGGCUCCGGUAAGAGGAUAAAACCAAAACGAAAAGCACCAAAACCUCCCGUUGAUGCGACUGGGGCCAGCAAGUUGCCAACACCUAUCAAACCAACACGCCAAGCCCCAGCACCACCCGGUCAGAAUCACUCAACCCCAGAGCAGAGAGGGGUCAGUGAAGCGUUAGGUGUAGGAAAGUCGGAGCCUUGUGUUACAAAGGUUAUAAGUGAAUUCCCUAAGGUUGAGAUAAGUAUAACACAGGACACUUCUGUAGACAAACCAACAAAACCAGCUGUUCCAAAACGAUUUGUGAAACCAAAAUUAGUGAAAGUCCCACGCAGAAAGCUGGAUAUGAAAAAAACAUCAAACCAAAGGACCAGCCAAGCAACACGCUCUCCACCCCCUCCACGACCCCCACCCCCAAAAGUUUCUCUCCAUUCCCCAUCCAGUGCUGCUAGCACACCUAACGUAACAGCUGAGGAAACAACCUCACUGGAGAACAUAUCUGCAUCAUUGUCAUCCAUGUCUGGUUUCCAUCAGUUGGAAGACCAAAGUGGUAGUCUGUACAAAGAUAUGAACAUAACUUCAAUGUCUGCCAAUGACAGCUUGGCAGGUGGCUGGCCAAAAGAGGAUACUAGUCACCUGAUGCCAAAGCUUCAGAGACAAAAUGCAUUGUUAAGUGAGGAGAAGCCUUUUAAUCAUGAAGUUGAGGAGGUGAACACGAUACCAGAUCACGUUGGGAUGAAUGACAUGGAAGAGGAUGUGAUAGAUGGACCUGUCGGUUUGAAAAACCAUACAUACAAUGUUGAGGAAGUGAAACCGAAAGUUUCUCGUAUUCCUCAGUUUAAUAGACAAAACAGUGGGCAGGCUAAAUCAAGUCCAGAUCGUGUUGUGCUUCACAGUCCAGGCCCUGUAUAUGGCCAAGACCCUGUGGAAAGAUAUAGCCCUGAUCCAAUCACAAACUGUCCAGAUACUGUAACAACUCGAAAUUCAAAUGAUGUAUAUUCUUAUCCGUCAGAGAAUCUUUCAAAUCCUGUUAAAAUGUAUGACUCUGAUCCUAUGGCAACUUACAGUCAGAUUCAUGUGGUAUCUGGUCACACCAAUGGUUUUGACAGUGCCCCAGCAAAUCCUGCUAUCAAUUCACAUGACAAUGUGCCACAGAGUCCUUCCAAUAAUGCCAAAAACAGUGACCCAGUGCUUCCUACAGGCAAUGCAAGAGACAGUGUGGUGUUGGAGGAAUCACCAAAUAUCGUAUAUUGUCCAAGUGUCGAAAGCACUCAUGUGAACAAGUCGCAACAUUUUCCUGAUGAAAAAGGUGAUAGGAUGGACACAGGUUUAAGUGAUAAUCGUACAAAAAUCCCAAAAGCUAGACCACCUGUUGCACCUAAACCAAAAGGAAUACCUCAACCUAAAAUCCACUACAGACCAGACACAAGUUCUGAGGAAGUUAAUACCAGCCCAGACAGGAAGGUAGCGCAGGAAUCGCCUUCAAUAAAAAGGAAGGAAAUUUCAAACACAUCCUCUCCACCAAAGGAGAAUAAUGUUAGCCCAGAGAAAAGACUUAUUCAGGAGUCACCAGCAUCCAGGAGGAAAGCAGGACGUCAGAGAUCGGGUACAGUGAACUCUCCUGCAAGGGAGGUGAGGUCAGGUAUUCCUGUCAGUGAUUCUCCUACCAGGGAGGUAAAAUCUGGUAUACCAGUGAACAGCUCGCCAGGAAAAGAGGUGAAGACAGGAAUACCUGUUAACAAUAAAUCACCAAAGAAAUCACCGAGGAACAGAAGCAAUGAAAGAUCCAUACCUGUACGUCAGAACAGUGGUGGAAACAGUGCAGGCAAUAAAUCAAAAUCUAAUUCUCAAAAUGGAAAUAAUCAGAACCAGGACACUAGUGCUUCACCUAAAUCCAAACCACAGCGUCCCAAUAAACCACCGGAAACAAACAAAAAGUCCAAGGGAAAGGCUGAUUCUAGUCCGAGCAGGCUGCCAAAGUUGUCCACUUUCCGAUCACCUAGUCCUCAGACCAAAGACAAUGAUGAUAAGGUGAUCAGCCCUCCGAAAAAACGGUCCAUACCAGUAGCUAAACCAGCUCGACCACCUCCUCCUAAUUCCCCUCCAUCUAGUCCAGAAAUCAAGAUUUCCUCUAAAGGAGAUAACCAGCCUUCAUCUGGAACUUUCUCAAGCUUUGGUAAAAUCAAUGGAGUUAAUGGAAAACCAGCAGACUUAAGACCUAUUGAGAAAAGAUCUUUGCGAAAAACUGUGAGACCAUACAAGGGACAAAAUCCAGGUGAACUGUCAUUUGAUGAAGGCAAUUUUAUCAUGGAAAUUACAGAGGAUGAAGACAAUCCGGGUUGGCUGAUAGGAAUGUUAGCAGAUGGUAGUACAGGUCUGUAUCACCACAGCUAUGUGGAGGAUACACCUAACAAACAACAAACUAUUGUGUAGUACUUCACUGAUCGGACAAAUAUCCAUAGUGAGGAUAUAAACAAACGUUGUACGACAGAUGUCCUCAGUGAUUGAUACAGCAGCUGAUGUGUUGGCAAUGUAUGAAUAGUGAUCAUUAUAAAAUGAUAUUGAACAGAUAUUGUCAGUGCACACAAACAGGAAAGAUGUAUUGAAGGAAUGUAAUUAGUGUUGGCUGUGAUUAUGUAAACAUAUAUAUAUGGUAUCCUCAAUGAUAUGUAAAUAUGAUGUGUGGAAAUUUAAGGAUUCAGUGAUUAUACGAUGAAACAUUACCUGAUAUUAAUCAACCAAGACCAUUAAAUAUGAUGUCGUGCAAAUAUCCACAGCGAUGAGUAUGUCAGGUCACCAAAACUGCACUCCAGUGAUUAACAUGUGACAAAUGAUGUUAAAAGUAUUGUGAGACAAAAUCCAUAAUAUAUGGUGUGAUGUCAAGCACAUAUCUGCGGUGAUUGUGUUUACAAAGUGACCCAGUAUCUGUAGCGAACAUCAACAAGAAUAUGUUGAUAUAUACAGGUAUCUGCAACGAUUGGAUAUCGGAAGUGAUUUCUUCUAAUCAUGUAUACGCAUCGUACUAUUUUGUGAAAAAGAUGUCGUAAUUAGUCAUUUUAAAUAUAUUAUCCUUGAUUUACCUGCUUUGCCAAUGGGAAACAUCAAUUCUUCAAUGGAAUCUCUAAAGUGUAAAUCUCAUUGAGUUGGAUAAAUUGGUCAAAGUGUUCCGGCUGGCCAAAACAGGUAUUGUAAGCAGACACUGUGGCAUAGAGUUGGAGACUUUGAAAGAGGUUCGGUUGCACAAGAUGUAGACCUUGAGAACUUUUUCAAAGAAUGCAUUACCUAAUAUCAUAGACUUCGGUAGGAUGUGAUUAUAACAGUUCUAUGACAUGGAUAUCUCCGAACAUCUAGCAUUGAACAGAAGUCUGCUGAAGAUGUUAGAGAUAAGAGAUGUUUUUAUAUGAAAAGGAUUUAUAAAUAUCAUGACUUUAUCAAGUCUAGAUUCUUAUCCUAUCAAUGUGGUCUGUGGUUGAAAAUAUGUUACAUACUUUGGAGCAAGCGGAUGAGUUUUCCUAAAGACCAGGAUAUAAAAUGCUGUGAACUGAUCAUCUGUUGUCUUCAAUCAUUUGUCAUUUGUAUGAGAAUCAUUAUCAUUUUCCUUCAUUUCUGAAGAUUGUCUCAUAAAUUUACAAUUCUAUUUUACAUACUAAUAGUAAUUAAGUGAAGAAAUACUUUUGAUUGAAUUAAGUUAUCAUUCAUAGACAUGGUGACAUUGAGAUCACUAUGUAUGAAUAAAUUUUUUCUAAAAGUUUUCCUAUGCAAGAUUUGCACUUAGCAGUCUCAUUAUUGUCUGACUAUUCAAUGAUAAUUCGAAUCAACUGUGCUUGUCAUUGAUAAUUAUAUUAAGAUUAAUUGUGUAUAUCUGAACUUUCAAUGUUCAAUUAACUGUACACUCACCUUAGAUGUGUUUUGUUUGAUUUUUACUUAUUGAUAACAUGAAGAUAUAUGUUCACAUAUUGAAAAGCUAAUAUUUGUGCAGUGUAGAUAUUUUGUACCUCAUUUUUACUGUACCUGCAUGGUUUUAUAACUUAAGCUGAUAUUAUAUAUCACAAAUGUUUUUUUAAUUUAGAAUAAACAUUGCUACCAAAUACUCAUUACAGUUUAAUUGAUAUUCAUAAGAGAUUUGAUACUGAAAUAGCUAGUUUUCUCAUAAAAUCCAUUAGUAUUCAACUUGUAUAAAAUCUACCAGGUUGAACAGGGUAAUGUGUAUAGAACAUGUAUCCUUUUCUAUCUAUUUUCCUGAUUUACCUAACCAUUGCUUCUGUCUGUAUCAUGUGUGUAAAUUAGAAUGUUACAUCAGCGUCCAGCUCUAUAUAAAUUGUACAAUAUAUGUGUCUGAGAAACAGAUAUUAUAAAAUGAGAUUCUUUUAUCAAUACCGUAUCAAAAUAUAUCUCCUUUGGAAGAUCUUUUAAUUUUAUCAGUAUCUGUUGUUCAUUUUAAAUUUUAAAGUAAAAUACCAAACAUAAAACAAUUGUUGAUGUUGAAGUUUGAGAUGUUAGUUGCAAGCGCGGCAAUACCAGUAAAUACCUUUUAAUCAUUAUUAAGACUUAAAUGUAUUUUUAUAACAAUUUUUGAUAUACUGCCAAGUUGUCAAGAAGAUAAAUCAUCGUACAAUUGAACUUUCUGUAAUGCUGUUUGAUGUGAUUAGGUAAUCUUUCUGAAUUUUAUAGUCAUUCAUUUGAUAGGGACAUCAACACAACUAGAAAAAAUUGCUUAAAUAUAUAUAUAAAUUGAUACUAAAAACAUAUUAUUUGUAUAUCACAAAUAUCUUUACAUGUUUAAUUUUCGUUACUCACAUCAUGUUUGAUGUUUCUUAUCAAUCCUAUUUAAAUAUCUAAAUUAACAACAUCAUGUCAAGCUAUUAAGCUGUUUUUUUAAUGGAAGCAGCCUUACAAGAAUUCUGAUGACAUUUUGUUAAUAUUUGAAAUGAAAGGAAGAAAUUAUAUAUUGAACAUAUGAACUCUUCUAGUCUGUAUGAACUGGUUGUUAUAGAAAGUAACGUGUGUGUGUGUUUUUUUCAUAUCUUAGGACAAAAUGUGAGUUCAUUACAGGAAACGUGUUUGUACUGAUACAAAUGUAUAAAUUAUAGAAUUUAUCAUGUUUCUUGUUCCAACAGAUUUUUAGAUUUAUAGAAAUUUAUCUUCAGUGUCAUGUUCCAUUUAAACUUUGAAUGCAAAAUCAAUCCGUUUAAUUAUUUAGGGAUGACAUUGUCUUACUUGAGUAAGUUUUUUCUUUGUUUAACAUGCAUUUAGAGGUGCUAGAAGUCCUUUAGAAGGGCAACAACUAUCAUGUAUAGAGUUUAUAGGGAAAUUGUUGUAUCAGUUUCUGCCAAAGAUCCACCAAAUACCCAACAAUUAUUUCCCCUCUGUUAGUGCUUACAUUAGAUAUGAAUUUGUUACAGUUCAGUAGUGUUGUAAACACCCCGGUGCUAUUAUUAUGAAAGUAUGAGAAUGAUGUACUUCAAACAAUUAUGUUCGAGUUGAUGUUAAUUACAUUGAUUAGCAGCAAGGAUAAUACGGGCCUGCUGGGCCUUUUGUUUUAAGAUUAUAUUGUUAAUAUAGUGCCUUAUUGAAUAUUGAAAUAUAAUGUUGAAUUCUCAUAUUUUGUGUAUGUUUCUGAAGCAUGUUGUCAAUAUUUAUUUCUUAGAAUUGGGUUAUCUAUAUUGAAUAUACCAUUUAGUGUGUUCAAAAUUAAAUCAUUUUUCUAUUGAUGUGUUGCCUCCAGAAUGUUCCAUGAUGGAUGAUCAUUGUAUCAAUACUGUUACAUCAUCGUUAUCAUUGGUCAGAUUUGAAAUAUCGAUUUGGAAAGAUUUCUUAUCAAAAUAACGUGUUAAGGAUCGGAUGAAAUUGAAAUCUUAAUUAGCAAUGAUGAAAAUUUAACGAAAGAAGAAUUUUCAAGAAAAAAGGCCUAUGUUUUAAAUCAUUCCUUUCUCACGAAUCAUCCGAUAUUUCUAAAAAAUUUCUGCUAGUUUUGAAAGUCAUGCUAAAUUAUUUUUUAAAAUGCAUAUUGAAUUCAAUUUUCAAUCAACAAAUAUUUUAAAGGCUGUUCUGGUUAUGAUAACUAGGUGUUCUGUUUUAAUAUCUUAUCCAUUCCAUUUCAUAAAUCCUUUUCACUAUGUUUUAUUGUAAUGUUAUACUAAAUGCUAGCUACUUAUUGUAUAUGUGUUUGAUGUGCUAAUACAUAAUUUUUCACUUGUAUCAUACCCCAACUAGAUCGUCAACCUGAUUAUUUUUUUGGUUAAUAUUGUAAAAAGUUUGCAGUUUGUUUAAAAAACAAUUAUUAAUUACACAUAUACACUUUUUUAUCUAUUCAGGCAUGAUUUAAAUGAAUUUUUAUUUCAGGAAUCUUGUAGAUGUGACAUUCAACUUUAUUUUGAUUCUUAAUCAGGUGUGAGGAAAUCCGUGGUAAUCUUGAACAAAGAACAAUUACAUCUAUUUUGAUUGGUCAAAUGCUUUUAACAUUAAUAUUCAACAUCAACACAGUAUACUUGAGAAACAAUACUCAAAACCUAUAUUUUGAAAUCAUCCUUUUGUCAUGGAGGUAGGGGGAGUGAGGUUGGUUCAUUUCAGCGAGACAACACUGUUCGUUUCAAAGCCAUGAACAGUAUCUUAAUGUAGUAAUAUGUAAUAUAGGUUUAUCUUCAGAUGUUAUACAUGUCAUUUUAAUUAUCCAUAUCCUCGAUCUUGUGACAUUGUGGUCGUAUGCUAAUAAGCGGCUGACAGAAAAUGUGUAGCAGAGGUACAAGUUACAUAUAUUAAGAUUUUCAGAAAGUGCCAAAUGAUGUUUCAUAUUUUGGAUAAGCUUAGAAGUACCAUUUAACUUGACCUGAUGAUAUAUUUGUACUUGAACAUUUUACUGAUUUGUAAAACUGUCAUUGUUUACUCUCACAUUAGUUUAUAUAUCUACAUCACAUAUAUUUAUUUUGUUUUGUCUCAUUUUGAUUGAAUUUGCAACUUUGUAUUAUUGUCAUUUUUUUUAAAUUUUUGUUUCCCAUUCAUAUCUUUCUUAUUGGAUAUUGUAUAUUAUAUAUAUUACAUCAUGCAAACACUGAUAAAUUUUGUCAUAUUUUCUUAAUAUGUGUUCCAUGAAAUGGCUUUAAUGUAUAAAUG